UGAACAGGCAAGGAAGAGAGUUACUGGGCUGGCUGGAGUGAUUGACCCUGACUACCAAGAGGAGGUUGGACUGCCACUCCACAGGAAGAGUAUGUCUGCAAUACAGGGGAUCCCUUAGGGCAUCUCUCAGUAUUACCAUGCCCUGUGAUUAACGACAGUGCAGAACUGCAACAACCCCAUUCAGGGAGGAUUACUGAUGGCCCAGACCCUUCAGGAAUGAAGGGUCAUCUCACCAGGAACCUUUUUCCGGAGCCACAAAAGACAAAGGGAAGAGUCAUGUCCACGAUUGCAGCUUUCUAUAGUGGCAAGUCCAUUCUCAUUACUGGGGCUACAGGCUUCUUGGGCAAAGUGUUGAUGGAGAAGCUAUUUCGCACCAGCCCUGACCUGAAAGUCAUUUACAUCCUUGUGAGGCCCAAGGCUGGCCAGACACUGCAGCAGAGAGUUUUCCAAAUCCUAAAUAGUAAGCUAUUUGAAAAAGUCAAAGACGUUUGUCCAAACGUGCAUGAGAAGAUCAGAGCUAUUUAUGCGGAUCUCAAUCAGAACGACUUGGCUAUCAGCAAGGAGGACAAGCAGGAGCUUCUCUCCUGUACAGACAUUGUCUUCCACUGUGCCGCCACUGUCCGCUUUGACGACCACCUGAGACAUGCCGUGCAACUUAACGUCACCGCCACCCAGCAGCUCUUGCUCAUGGCCAGUCAGAUGCCAAAGCUUGAAGCCUUCAUACAUAUUUCUACUGCCUUUUCAAACUGUAACCUGAAGCACAUCGAUGAAGUCAUCUAUCCAUGCCCCGUGGAGCCCAAAAAAAUCAUCGACUCCAUGGAGUGGUUAGACGAUGCUAUUAUUGAUGAGAUCACACCCAAGCUGAUCGGGGAUCGGCCCAACACGUACACCUACACCAAGGCCUUGGGAGAGAUGGUGGUGCAGCAGGAGAGCAGUAACCUAAACAUCGCCAUCGUCCGGCCCUCCAUUGUUGGAGCAACCUGGCAGGAGCCCUUCCCAGGUUGGGUUGAUAACCUAAAUGGACCUAGUGGGCUCAUUAUUGCGGCUGGGAAAGGAUUUCUCCGAGCCAUAAGAGGUACUCCAAAGGCUGUGGCAGAUUUAAUUCCGGUUGAUACAGUCGCCAACCUCACCUUGGCUGUAGGAUGGUACACCGCAGUUAACAGACCCAAAUCAACGUUAAUCUACCACUGUACAUCUGGUAACUUCAAUCCCUGUUACUGGGGCAAAAUGGGAUUCCAAGUCUUGGCAGCCUUUGAAAAAAUCCCAUUUGAGAGAGCUUUUAGGAGGCCAUAUGCUGACUUCACAACCAACACCAUCACAACCCAGUAUUGGAAUGCAGUCAGCCACCGAGCCCCUGCCAUCAUCUAUGACUUCUAUCUCCGGCUCACAGGAAGGAAACCCAGGAUGACAAAGCUCAUGAACCGGCUUUUAAGAACCGUUUCCAUGCUGGAGUACUUCCUUAACCGGAGUUGGGAAUGGAGCACGUACAAUACAGAAAUGCUGAUGUCCGAGCUGAGUCCUGAGGACCAGAGAGUAUUCAACUUUGACGUGCGUCAGUUGAACUGGUUGGAAUACAUUGAAAAUUAUGUUUUAGGAGUUAAGAAGUACUUAUUGAAAGAGGAUAUGGCUGGGGUUCCCAAAGCAAAGCAACACUUAAAAAGGCUCCGAAAUAUUCACUACCUCUUUAACACCGCCCUCUUCCUCAUUGCCUGGCGCCUUCUCAUUGCAAGAUCUCAGAUGGCUCGGAACGUCUGGUUCUUCAUCGUGAACUUCUGUUACAAAUUCCUCUCCUACUUUAGAGCAUCCAGCACACUCAAGGUUUAAGAACAUUUGGCAGUCUCCUUGGAUCUGGAACCUCUCAGAUACCUCUAAAACAGCAAACUGUGGUUCUCAAGAUUAGGAAGUUAUCAAAGAACAUGCCCAGCCUCAUUACCCAUCAAAUAUGCUGUCAGAUAUGUAUCCCUGUUUCUUAACUAUAUAUUCUUUUUAUUGCAGUGAGAGAAGGAAAGUCAUUUGCUAGCCUAUAACCACACACAUUUUAGGAAAAAAUUAUUUCCAGAUCGUUUCCUAAUACUAUUCUAUGUCCUUGAAUAUAAAACACCAAAGUACACCUAUCUUUCCAUAUUUAGCCUCUUUCUCCUUGAGCAGACUAAUUUCAACUCAAUAAACAUAAGGACACAUAGAAGCUGAAAUAUGCUAAAGAAAGUCAGUUCUAUCCUUGGAACCAUUCUGCAGCAUCCAGUACAAAGGUUUAUAAUUAAGAGAAGUGGAAGAAUGGUCUCAACAUCCUCACAAAUGCUGUAAGAGAACUAAUUAUCCACUGAAAAAUCCCUGCUUCUUUUUUUGUGUUAUACUGUGUGUGAGUCCUGGUUGAGGGUUAAGGGAAUUAGAAAAGUGAGCUUAAACUUAACAUUUUCUUAACUAUACCCAUUUCUGCAACCUAAAAUGAACCAAGAGGUGGAAAUAAUUAUAUUGCCCAAGCAUAUUUGCAUUGAAACUCAGUUUAUUAUGCUUUUAAGUAAAAAUUAGUUCUCAUAAUUUGAAUUUGACAACUAUUAUUUCUAAAUUAUUUGAAUCACCAGUUUUCCUGAUUACCAUCUCUCAAGAGUUUCCUUCUUGUUCAUUAAAGUCACCAAACCUCUUAUAUUUAAACUUAUUUUGCUCAGGCCUUAAUUAGAGUGGCUAGAUGGAGAGGAAGGUCCUAGGCUAGAAUCAUAUAAAAACCCAAUCCCCUGAUCUUUGCCAUUGAGGAAAGGAAAAUUUCAAAGAAAAUUUUAUAUGCUAGCUUUAGUCUUUUUCUACAAAGUGGGGAAGAUUACUCUUCUGUGAUCACCAGGAUUUGCUAGUAUCUUGAUCGCUCCAAUUGCACAAUAUUAACUGUCCGACAUACAGCAGAAAAGGAUAGACUUCAUUGACUCUAAAUUUAGAGAAUAGGUGUUGUGUUGUUGGUUUAGAAUUAUUGUAUGUAUAAGGCAAAUGAAUUAGUAAAAGCUAAUUUAUUCUCAAAUUUCUAUAUUAAUAAUAUAACUUAUCCCAACUUUCCUACCUGAGAGAUCAGUGCAUGUUGGACUGCAAUAUUUCAUGUUAAAAACAUGGAAUAUUAUUCAAAUAUAAUAUCUGGGGCAUAAGCAACUAAAAAUAAUCACAACUACUAGAAAAGUACAUGAGUAUAAAUGUUAACAACAGCAGUUAUAUUUAUGCUUAUUUUCUGGAAUAAUUGGUAAUACUCAGAAAGGCACAUUCAGGUAGUUGAAGUAUAGAAGGCCUUCAGAGCGGGCUUCUAGCAUUAUUAAUACUUGAGAUUUUUAUGAACCCAAAAAGGGCAUUUUGGGGGAACUCUUCUGGACAAUGUCUUUCCCAAUCUCAUCUAAGUUCUGGGAACUACUUUCCAGGACACAAAACUCAGCUCUGAAACAAAACACCUGGUGAUCUUUAGUUUGAGCUGUCUAUACAAUAUUUUUUAGUUAUUUUGAUUAAGAUACAAACUACAGAUACAGUAAAAGUAAAAUGAAGAUAUAAUUCAAUGAUUGGAUAAAACAUAAUUCUAAAAGUUUACUGUCUUUUAAUUAUUGUAUGUUUCACUAAUUCAACAAAUUCCACUGAUCAAGUAUUUGACUUUUGAUUAAAUGAGAAUUUGAAUUAAAAAUGUUUCUCUCUUCUA